AUGUCGAUAUCAAAGUUAUCAAUUACUACAAUAUCUAUUAUUUCUGUCGUCUUUCGGCUGGCGCUGUUGGUGUAUGGUGAAUGGCAGGACGCGAACAUGCAAGUUAAAUAUACUGACAUAGAUUAUAAGGUGUUUUCCGAUGCCGCGCGAUUUGUCACAUUAAGCGAAAGUCCAUAUAAACGUUCAACAUACCGUUAUACUCCUCUUCUCGCCUUUCUGUUAACACCUAAUAUAUAUAUACACAAAUCUUUUGGAAAGCUUGUAUUCGUACUUGCCGAUAUAUUUGUGGGUGUUCUAAUACAUAAAAUAUUAUGUUUACGAGGGUUAAACGAACAAAAAGCUGUUAAUUACUCGGCACUAUGGCUUUUAAAUCCUAUCGUAGCAAGCAUUUCGACGCGUGGAAAUGCGGAAUCCUUACUUGGAGCGAUGAUCCUGUUAACUUUAUAUUGUGUAUUAGAAAGAGCAGCAAUGCAUGAAGGAAUAAAAAAUAUUAAAAAAGUAAUCAAACGAGAAAAUAUAAGUAUUGCAACUAAUGAAAGAAAAGAUGAAA